AUGGGGCUGUGUCCCAGUCUGCGGCCGCCGCUCUGUGGAGACCCCGGGGACGCCGCCUGCGGGGAACCGGAGCCACUGCCAGAGGACGCGCGGACCCUGGUGCCUGCACGGACCAAAGGCCCUCGGGACGCCCGACGCGCAGUGGACGCGAAGGAGGACAGGCGCCCGGGACCAGCGGAGCGCGCAGCGGCUGAGGAGGCGCGCAGGGUCAGUCGUGGCAUCGACCGGCUGCUGCGGGAGCAGGAGCGUGACCGGCGACACACGCACCGCCUGCUGCUGCUCGGGGCUGGAGAGUCUGGAAAAAGCACGAUCGUCAAGCAGAUGCGGAUCCUCCAUGUCAACGGCUUCAACCCCGAGGAAAAGAAACAGAAAAUUCUGGACAUCCGAAAAAAUGUCAAAGAUGCUAUUGUGACGAUUGUCUCAGCCAUGAGCACCAUCAUCCCUCCAGUCCCACUGGCCAACCCCGAAAACCAGUUCCGGUCAGAUUACAUCAAGAGCAUCGCUCCCAUCACUGAUUUUGAAUACUCCCAGGAGUUCUUUGACCACGUGAAGAAGCUGUGGGACGACGAGGGCGUGAAGGCGUGCUUCGAGAGGUCCAACGAGUACCAGCUCAUCGACUGCGCGCAGUACUUCCUAGAGAGAAUUGACAGCGUGAGCCUGGUGGACUACACGCCCACAGACCAGGACCUGCUGAGAUGCAGGGUGCUGACCUCGGGGAUCUUCGAGACGCGAUUCCAGGUGGACAAAGUGAACUUCCACAUGUUCGACGUGGGUGGACAGCGCGACGAGCGGCGGAAGUGGAUCCAGUGCUUCAACGACGUCACCGCCAUCAUCUACGUCGCGGCCUGCAGUAGCUACAACAUGGUCAUCCGGGAGGACAACAACACCAACCGCCUGCGGGAGUCGCUGGACCUCUUCGAGAGCAUCUGGAACAACAGGUGGCUGCGUACCAUCUCUAUCAUCUUGUUCCUGAACAAGCAGGAUAUGCUGGCGGAGAAGGUCCUGGCGGGGAAAUCGAAGAUCGAAGACUAUUUCCCCGAGUAUGCAAACUACACCGUUCCUGAAGACGCAACACCAGAUGCAGGAGAAGACCCCAAGGUUACCAGAGCCAAGUUCUUUAUCCGGGACCUGUUUCUGAGGAUCAGCACAGCAACUGGUGACGGCAAGCACUACUGCUACCCCCACUUCACCUGCGCCGUGGACACAGAGAACAUCCGCCGCGUCUUCAAUGACUGUCGUGACAUCAUCCAGCGCAUGCACCUCAAGCAGUACGAGCUCUUGUGAGGGCGGCGCCACCCGCCCACCUGACCUGGCCCGGAGGUGGGCGUCCCCAGGACUUUGAUAAGUGUGCCCCAAGCCGUGGUAGUUUGUAGUGUCCAGUGUUGCCUGACUGCUGUCUGUCCUGUCCUGGGUGCGCC